CGAUGUUUUAUUUUCGAUAGUUGGAAUCAGCAGUAGCGUAUUUUUCACCAGCGGGCAACAUUGAUUAGUUUAUUUUUUUUGGGAAAAUGAGUGGCAACACAAUAUUUCCUAUCAAUUUGGAUAGAUACACGGACAAAGAACGUCACAAUUAUAUACUUAAUCAUUACGUUCUGCCCACUACUAUUGAAGGUAAAUCACACAAACAUAAGCGGGACAUUGAUGUUAUACGUGAAAAUCAUCGCUUCCUUUGGGACGAGGAGAAUGAAGCCGACAUUGGCGGACUGAGCUGGGAGCAACGUUUGGCCUUACGUUACUAUCGAAAGCUAUUCAAAGAGUAUUGCAUAGCUGAUCUAACGCGCUACAAAGAGAAUAAAAUCGCUUUGCGCUGGCGCACUGAAGAAGAAGUCGUCACUGGCUUAGGUCAAUUCCAAUGUGGCAGUCGACACUGUGACCAACGCGAAGGUCUGCGCAGUUGGGAGGUGAAUUUUAAGUAUAUCGAACAAGGUGCUCCUCAAAAUGCACUUGUCAAGUUGCGUCUUUGUCCUGUGCAUACGGAACAGCUUAACUAUCGAACUAAGAAAAAAGAACAUAAACGCCAGCGUCGCAGAGCGAAAGAGGAACUAAAAACCAACCGCAAGCAAAAGAGACGCAAACUAGAUCAGCUGAAUGACUUUAAAGAGCUGCCGAAGGAUGACGAACAGAUAAAGGAAGAGCAACAAGCCACAAGCAAUGUAAGUGCAGCUGUGGACGAGCAGAUUUGGAGUAAGCAGCUCGAUCUAAGCAAGGAAAAACCAUCAAGAGAACAUGAAUUCGAGCGUUAUCUAGAGGAUCUACUAUUAUAAUAGUUGGCAAAGCUUUUGUAAAGGAUCUAUAAUGUGAAAAGUCGAUAACAAUUUUUUUGUUUAAAAAGUC